AUGUCUGAGGGUGAGAAUACAACACUCUCUAUUGUGGAGGAUGUGCCAGUCCCCAAGCAUCUGCUGGCCACUGCAAAGUUCAGUUCUCCAUGGGAGCAGUUGAAAUGGGAGAAAUCGCUUCCCCAAAAUGAUCGCACACAAGCACGACCUUCGUCAGCAGGCAAAACCCAGUCCGGUGGGCUUAUUAGAUCUGCUAGUCUUUCCACUCGUCGUGUUCAGAGACCUCGUCCCGCAACUCGACCGCUAAGCAACCCUACCGAGCUACAUAGAUGGGACAAUAUCAGAAAAAUUGACUUUUUGACGCCUCCGGUUUCCGAUCCAGAGAAAAAUGCACCACUUUCACCGAUUAAAGAGGCCAUCCUGAGCCCUAAAGAGAGCCCGAUUAGCAGUCCAGCAAGAAGUCCAACGGCAUCUCACUUCAAAAGCAACCGGAAUAGCAUGUACGAGGUCUACGAGAAAGCCAAAGUGAGAGGUGUUGCGCUUCAACGGAAAUACUGGGUUCGACUGCUGUUCGAAUAUACUCUAUAUGCCCUGCUCGUUCUAUUUGUCUACUUUGUCCUCGUGGGUAUGCCAUUAUGGAAAGGAGCCGUCUGGUGGCUCUACUGGGUUGUGAGAGUCAAAUUUGUGAUUCAAGGAGGCUAUGCUAUUACAAUUGGCUUGGCUGCACUCUACGCAUUCCUCCCUCUCCUCAUUCUAUUCGAGAAGGAUCCUCCCACCAUCGACGACAGCAACCUUGACCUCGAAAAGAAUUACUCAAAUGCCAAGGACACAGCUCUGAUCAUCCCAUGCUAUAAGUCUGCCAAUAUCAUCGGGCCAACUUUGAAAGCCGCUUUGAAAAUCUUCCCUCCGCAGAACAUCUUUGUUAUCGCCAACGGCAAUUCCGAAACGCCUCUCGACAACACCGAAGAAGUUUGCCAGCCUUAUGGUGUGAACCACCUUUGGGUUCCCGUUGGAUCAAAAAUCGUCGCCCAAUUCGCCGGCUGCUAUGCUGCCAAGGGCUUUGAAAAUGUGCUCCUUAUCGACGACGAUUGCGCACUACCUCCCAACUUCCCCAUUGUCGCUGAUCGACUCAAGGGGAAGGUCAAGUGUAUUGGGUACACGAUCAAGAGUGUCGGUCCGGAUUCGUCGAAAGGCACAUUCUGUCAACAGGCUCAAGAUCUCGAGUAUAAGAUGUCUGGUUUGCAACGGGCUUUCUUCGGAAAACUUGGCAGUGCGACUUUCCCCCAUGGCGCAAUCUCAAUUUGGAACACGGAAUUUUUGAAGCAGACAUUUUAUGAACAUCCCGGGUUCUCUGUUUCGGAGGAUUGGUUCUUCGGAGAUAGUUGUCGUCGCCUUGGAGGACGUAUCACGAUGUGCUCUUCUGUUUUCGUGGAGACCGAAACGCCGUCUUCCGUCUUCUUCAGUGGAAGUGGUAGCCGCGGUGGCUUUGGAGAGAUGACCAUCUUCUCCCAGCGUUUCAAACGAUGGAAUUUCUUCUUCGUCGUCGGCAUGUACUAUGAUAUCAAGUACAUUCUGACAAGCUGGAAGCUUGGCUGGUGGGAGAUCGGCGCGAAGCUCUGUGUUCUCCAAGAGGUCUAUGAAACACUCAUCUACCUCAUGGCACCAUUUAUGCUCCCGAUCUCAUUCAUUGUUCGCCCUGGAUUCUGUGGCAUCCUUCUUGGCGCCACAAUUGGGAUGUAUAUCAUCAACGUCAUCAUCUUCAACGAGAUCCAUCUGCGAAAGAAGAACGAGCGCAUUGGCUAUGCCGUUUUGAUUUUCUACUAUACCUUCUACAAGAUCGCGCUCACCGUGAUCAAUGUGAUCAGCUGCUAUUGGUCUCUCUACAAAUACGGACGCUACUUCGCCAGCCGUCACCCGAAGGUCACCGAAGACCACCAAGCGAUUGAGGUUAUCCUUAGCCUCGAGCAGGAUGUGGAAGGAUCUGUCUCCGAUGAGGAGGAAUUGCUGAGGUCUCAUUCUGAGAAUGGUAACGCCUACAAAAGACUGACUUUGACGAGGACUGCGCCGGAGACGAUGGAAAAUUGGCCGCUGAGACCAGAGAUGGAGCAGACGGAAGAGUAUAGCUUCCAUUCACCUUCUUGGAUAUAG